AUGUCGAACAAGAUAUACUUCAGCAAGUUCUUGGUGACAGACCAGGUUUUUUUCAAGACGAAAUACAACUAUGCCCUUGUGAACUUGAAGCCAAUACUUGCGGGCCACGUAUUGGUGGUCCCCCUGAAGAACACCGCCAUCAGUCUGUCCCAGUUGACCCCCGUUGAGACGCAGGACCAUUUCAACACCGUACAACUAGUCCAGCAGUUUAUAAAAUGGGUAUACACGGCGGAUGCUAUGAAUAUAGCCAUCCAGGAUGGUCCCGAGGCUGGACAAAGUGUCCCGCACCUGCACACACACAUCAUCCCAAGGUACAGGGUAAAUAAUAUUGGCGAUGAAAUAUACGAACGCAUUGACCAGUGGGAUUGGCAAGAACACCGCGCGGAGUACCUAAACAAUGGUGGAAGAGCCGCCCGUAAGAAGUCGAUGGAGGACGGGGUCCCCGGGACAGGCCAAACCCAGCCACACUCUGAAAGAGAGUUGAAGCCGGACAAUUGCCGCACCGCGAGGACCCAGGAAGAGAUGGCAGUGGAAUGCAAGAUGCUCAAGGACAAAUUGAAGGAAUACCUUGAGGAGUUCCCACACAUGAGGCAAUGGAUCCUCGAGGCAGAAAAAUAG